AUGGAACACCUGGGUCCGCAUCACCUUCACCCGGGCCACGCGGAACCCAUCAGCUUCGGCAUCGAUCAGAUCCUCAACAGCCCGGACCAGGGCGGCUGCAUGGGGCCCGCCUCGCGCCUUCAGGACGGAGAAUACGGCCUUGGCUGUUUGGUCGGAGGCGCUUACGCUUACGGCGGUGGCGGGGGCCCAGCGACCGGGGUAGGGGUCGGGGGCCCAGGGGCCUACAGCGCUGGCGGCCCGGGUGGCCCAGCAGGCGGUAGCGGCGGCAGCGGCGCCUGCAGCAUGGGCCCGCUGGCCGGCUCCUACAACGUGAACAUGGCCUUGGCCGGCGGCCCCGGACCCGGCGGCGGCAGCGGGGGCGGCGGCGGGGGGUCGCUGAGCGCUGCAGGAGUGAUCCGGGUUCCGGCACACAGGCCGCUCGCGGGAUCCGUGGCCCAUCCCCAGUCCCUGGCUACCGGCUUGCCCACCGUGCCCUCCGUGCCUGCCGUGCCGGGCGUUAACAACCUAACAGGCCUCACCUUCCCCUGGAUGGAGAGUAACCGCAGAUACACAAAGGACAGGUUCACAGGUCACCCCUAUCAGAACCGGACGCCCCCCAAGAAGAAGAAGCCGCGCACGUCCUUCACGCGCCUGCAGAUCUGCGAGCUGGAGAAGCGCUUCCACCGCCAGAAGUACCUAGCCUCGGCCGAGCGCGCCGCCCUAGCCAAGGCGCUCAAAAUGACCGACGCGCAGGUCAAAACCUGGUUCCAGAACCGGCGGACAAAGUGGAGGCGGCAGACGGCGGAGGAGCGCGAGGCCGAGAGGCAGCAGGCGAACCGCAUCCUCCUGCAGCUGCAGCAGGAGGCCUUCCAGAAGAGCCUGGCUCAGCCGCUGCCCGCCGAUCCGCUGUGCGUACACAACUCGUCGCUCUUCGCCCUGCAGAACCUGCAACCCUGGUCUGAUGACUCCACCAAGAUCACCAGCGUCACGUCGGUGGCGUCGGCCUGCGAGUGA